AUGGGCGGCCGGCUGCGGCUGGUCCUUUUGUUCCUGUUGCUGCUCUGGACCCUGGGCCAGUCUGCAGGGCCAGCGGCGGCGGCGGCCCUAGCUCUACGUUGGCUGCUGGGCCUGUCCAUUCUGGCAUGGCCCUGGCUCCGCCCUCGGGCGCCCCACUGGCUCAGUAUAGGCGCAGCAGCUCUCACAGUAAUCUUGCUGCCACCCCGGUCGCCCCCAGGGUUGCACUGGCUGCCAGCCGAUGUGGCCUACGUGGUCCGGAUCAUCCGCCUGGGACAAUCUCGGCAGAGGCGACUGCCGCCCCACACCUUCGUGGAUACCUUGGAGCAGCAGGCGCGAGAUCAGUCACGCCGUGUAGCCGUGGUGUGCACAGGGCUCGCCGGGCACUCAGUCUCCUACAGGGAGCUAGACGCCCAGGCCUGCCGGGCUGCAUGGACCCUGAAUGCGGAGCUGGGCGGCCCUGUAGGCCUGCCUGUUGGGGAGCCAGCUGCUCUCCUGGUAUUGGCCUCCAAGGUCAUUCGUGCCCUGGGACUGUGGCUAGGGCUGGCCAAGCUGGGUUGCCCUGCAGCCUGGAUCAACCCACACAGCCGGGGAAGACCUCUGGUGAGGUGGGUCUUGCUUCAGGUUCCUGUUUCACUGGUCCCUGCAGACCGCCAGGAGAACUUGGAGGAGAUCCUUCCUAUGCAGGCCAAGAUCAUCCGCUGCUUCUUCCUCAGCAACUCCUCCCCAAGGCUGGGUGUGGAGGCUUUAGGGACCACCCUGGAUGCUGCGCCCUCUGACCCCCCAGUGCCUGCUCACCUGCGUGCAGGGAUUACACACAAAAGCCCCCUGUUCAUCUAGACCUCAGGAACCACCGGGCUCCCAAAGCCAGUCAUUGUCACCCACGAUCAACUGCUGAAAAUGUUGAGUUUGCUGUCCCUGUGUGGGGUCAUGAUCUACACAGCCUUGCCUCUGUACUACGUGAUGUUGCUGAUCCCUUUUGAGCUUCUGAGGUUUGACACAGACGCUGUGGAGCCUGUGAGGGAUGACUGUGGCUACUGCAUCCCUGUGAAGCCAGGCCUCAGGGAGGCGGGGCUCCUGGUGACCCGAGUGACAAAACUCUCUCCCUUUCUGAGUUACGCGGGCCCCCGAGAUCAGUCGGAACGGAAGUUGAUACGGAACGUAAAGCACAGGGGCGAUGUUUGCUACCACACUGGAGACGUGCUGGAAAUGGACCACGAGGGCUUCCUCUACUUCCGUGACCGCCUCGGAGACACUUUCCGUUGGAAGGGGGAAAACGUGUCCACGCGGGAAGUGGAGAAUGUGUUGUUACUCGUGGACUUCCUGCAGGAUGUGAACGUGUACGGAGUGUCUGUACCAGGGUGUGAGGGCAAGGUGGGCAUGGCUGCCGUGCAGCUGGCUCCCAGCCGAACUUUCGACGGUCAACAACUGUAUGAGUAUGUCCGAGCUUGGCUCCCUGCCUACUCUGCCCCCUACUUCAUCCGUAUCCAGGAUGCCCUAGAGAUCACAGGCACCUUCAAGCUGGUGAAGUUUCAACUGGUGCGAGAGGGCUUCAAAGUGGACGCCAUCAGUGACCCCCUAUUCAUACUGGACCACCAGGCCAAAUCCUUUCGCCCUCUGACGCCAGACACAUACAAAGCUGUGUGCAACGGAACCUGGAGACUGUGA